AUGCGCACGUGCAGCCACGUACUUCGAAGAAAUGACAUUACUUCAGUAAAUCUAACCCGCAAUCCUUGCAUACCGCGCUUUGAUCCUAAAAAAAAACCACUUGCACAUCUCUCUUCAACUCUUUCUCUCUCUACCUCCUUCGUCAUGAUAGGAAGGUCGGGAACCAGUUUUCGCGAGAAAUGGUGGAGCGCUGGCCGGCGACGAAUUGGAUCCCGCCUUGCAUCAACUGAAUCGGAGGCCGCAUUGUUCGAUUUUGCUGACAAAUACAGAGUCAAAUAUGACAGCAGCAUUACCGUUGCCCAGAAGUACUACAGAUCGAUCAGUGACUACAACGAUGAAUUGUUCUGGGCUGCUGCUUGGUUAUAUCAAGCAUUUAACAAUCAGUGUUACUUGGAUUACCUUGGAAGAAACGAUGAUUCCAUGGGUGGAACUGGUUGGAGCAUGACUGAAUUUGGUUGGGAUGUCAAGUAUGCUGGGGUUCAGACAUUGUUUGCCAAGUUCCUGAUGCAGGGCAAAGCUGCUCAUCAUGCACCAGUCUUCGAGGGAUAUCAACAGAAGGCUAAGGGUUCUCGCAAUGUUCAGAAAACUCCUGGUGGCCUCAUCUUCCGCCAGAGAUGGAACAACAUGCAGUUUGUCACAAAUGUAAUUCAGGAAAUGUUGCUCCUGCUGAGUUUCUCUCCCUUGCAAAGUCUCAAGUCUCAGUUGUUCGAUUUUGCUGACAAAUACAGAGGCAAAUAUGACAGCAGCAUUACCGUUGCCCAGAAGUACUACAGAUCGAUCAGUGACUACAAUGAUGAAUUGCUCUGGGCUGCUGCUUGGUUGUAUCAAGCAUCUAACAAUCAGUGUUACUUGGAUUACUUUGGAAGAAACGAUGAUUCCAUGGGUGGAACUGGUUGGAGCAUGACUGAAUUUGGUUGGGAUGUCAAGUAUGCUGGGGUUCAGACAUUGGUUGCCAAGUUCCUGAUGCAGGGCAAAGCUGCUCAUCAUGCACCAGUCUUAGAGAGAUAUCAACAGAAGGCUGAAUCCUUCAUGUGCUCAUACCUUGGAAAGGGUUCUCGCAAUGUUCAGAAAACUCCUGGUGGCCUCAUCUUCCGCCAGAGAUGGAACAACAUGCAGUUUGUCACAAGUGCCUCAUUUUUAGCCACUGUCUACCUUUUCUUCUGGUAG